UACAAAUACAAAACUGCCUACAGAAAGCAGCUGGGCCACCACAUCGGGGCCCGCAACAUCGAGGACGACCCCAAGAUGAUGUGGUCGAUGCACGUGGCCAAGAUCCAGAGUGACAGGGAGUACAAGAAGGACUUUGAGAAGUCCAAGACCCGCUUCAGCAGCCCCGUGGACAUGCUGGGGGUGGUGCUGGCCAAGAAGUGCCAGGAGCUGGUGAGCGAUGCCGAUUACCGGCACCCCCUGCACCGCUGGACCUGCCUGCCCGACCAGAACGACGUCGUCCAUGCCAAGACCGUGUACGACCUGCAGAGUGAUAAUGUGUACAAGUCGGACCUGCAGUGGCUGAAGGGCAUUGGCUGGUCCCCAAUUGGGUCUCUGGACGCCGAGAAGAACAAGAGGGCGAGCGAGAUCCUGAGUGACAAGAAGUAUCGGCAGCACCCGGACACCAUCAAAUUCACGAGCCUUCCUGACUCCAUGCCCAUGGUUCUGGCCAAGCACAACUCUAAAAUUAUGGACCAAUACAAGUACAAGGAGGGGUAUCGGAAGCAGCUGGGCCACCACAUCGGGGCCCGCAACAUCGAGGACGACCCCAAGAUGAUGUGGUCGAUGCACGUGGCCAAGAUCCAGAGUGACAGGGAGUACAAGAAAGCCUUUGAGAAGUCCAAGACACACUUCAGCAGCCCCGUGGACAUGCUGGGGGUGGUGCUGGCCAAGAAGUGCCAGGAGCUGGUGAGCGACGCCGAUUACCGGCACCCCCUGCACCGCUGGACCUGCCUGCCUGACCAGAACGACGUCGUCCAUGCCAGGACUGUGUACGACCUGCAGAGUGAUAACGUGUACAAGUCGGACCUGCAGUGGCUGAAGGGCAUUGGCUGGUCCCCAAUCGGGUCUCUGGACGCCGAGAAGAACAAGAGGGCGAGCGAGAUCCUGAGUGACAAGAAGUAUCGGCAGCACCCGGACACCAUCAAAUUCACGAGCCUUCCUGACUCCAUGCCCAUGGUUCUGGCCAAGCACAACUCUCAGAUCAUGGACCAUUACAAGUACAAGGAGGGGUAUCGGAAGCAGCUGGGCCACCACAUCGGGGCCCGCAACAUCGAAGACGACCCCAAGAUGAUGUGGUCGAUGCACGUGGCCAAGAUCCAGAGUGACAGGGAGUACAAGAAGGACUUUGAGAAGUCCAAGACACACUUCAGCAGCCCUGUGGACAUGCUGGGGGUGGUGCUGGCCAAGAAGUGCCAGGAGCUGGUGAGCGACGCCGAUUACCGGCACCCCCUGCACCGCUGGACCUGCCUGCCCGACCAGAACGACGUCGUCCAUGCCAAGACCGUGUACGACCUGCAGAGUGAUAACGUGUACAAGUCGGACCUGCAGUGGCUGAAGGGCAUUGGCUGGUCCCCAAUUGGGUCUCUGGACGCCGAGAAGAACAAGAGGGCGAGCGAGAUCCUGAGUGACAAGAAGUAUCGGCAGCACCCGGACACCAUCAAAUUCACGACAGUGUUGCUGGAGGGCACGGUGAAACUGUACAAGCUGGCGAUGGAGGAGGAGAAGAAGAAGGGCUACGACCUGCGGGCAGAUGCCAUUCCCAUCAAGUCAGCCAAAGCUUCUCGGGACAUCGCCAGCGAUUACAAGUACAAGGAGGGGUAUCGGAAGCAGCUGGGCCACCACAUCGGGGCCCGCAACAUCGAGGACGACCCCAAGAUGAUGUGGUCGAUGCACGUGGCCAAGAUCCAGAGUGACAGGGAGUACAAGAAAGCCUUUGAGAAGACCAAGACACACUUCAGCAGCCCUGUGGACAUGCUGGGGAUCGUGUUGGCCAAGAAGUGCCAGGGGUUGGUCAGUGAUGCCGAUUACCGGCACUAUCUCCAUCAGUGGACUUGCCUGCCUGACCAGAAUGAUGUGAUCCAUGCCAAGGAAGCCUAUGACCUGCAGAGUGAUAACUGCUACAAGUCUGACCUGCAGUGGCUGCGGGGCAUUGGUUGGGUCCCCAUUGGAUCCCUGGAAGUGGAGAAGGCCAAGAAGGCCGGGGAGAUCCUGAGUGACAAAAUCUACCGCCAGCACCCGGACACCAUCAAGUUCACCAGCAUCCCAGACUCCCUGCCCAUGGUGCUGGCCAAGCAGAACGCGGACACCAUGAACAAGCGUUUGUACACUGAGGCCUGGGAUAAGGACAAGACACAGAUCCACAUAAUGCCCGACACUCCUGAAAUCACACUGGCAAGAGAGAACAAGAAAAACUACAGCCUGAAACAAUACAGACAGGCCAUGGAAGACUCAAAGAAGAAAGGCUACGAUCUGAGAAUCGAUGCCAUCCCCAUUCAGGCGGCCAAGGCAUCCAGGCAGAUUGCCAGUGAUUACAAGUACAAGGAGGGGUAUCGGAAGCAGCUGGGCCACCACAUCGGGGCCCGCAACAUCGAGGACGACCCCAAGAUGAUGUGGUCGAUGCACGUGGCCAAGAUCCAGAGUGACAGGGAGUACAAGAAGGACUUUGAGAAGACCAAGACACACUUCAGCAGCCCCGUGGACAUGCUGGGGGUGGUGCUGGCCAAGAAGUGCCAGAGCUUGGUGAGCGACAUCGACUACCGGCACUACCUGCACCAGUGGAUCUGCCUGCCCGACCAGAAUGACGUGAUUCACGCCAGGCAAGCCUAUGACCUGCAGAGUGAUAACUACUACAAGUCUGACCUGCAGUGGCUGCGGGGCAUUGGUUGGGUCCCCAUUGGUUCCCUGGAGGUGGAGAAGGCCAAGAAGGCUGGGGAGAUCCUGAGUGACAAAAUCUACCGCCAGCACCCGGACACCAUCAAGUUCACCAGCAUCCCAGACUCCCUGCCCAUGGUGCUGGCCAAGCAGAACGCGGACACCAUGAACAAGCGUUUAUACACCGAAGCCUGGAACAAAGACAAGACCUCGAUUCACGUCAUGCCUGACACCCCAGAAAUCCUGCUGGCCAAACAAAACCGAGUCAACUACAGUGAGAAAAUGUACAAACUGGCCUUGGAGGAGUCGAAGAAGAAGGGCCACGAUUUGCGUUUUGAUGCCAUUCCCAUCCAAUCUGCCAAAGCCUCCAGAGAGAUUGCCAGUGAUUACAAGUACAAGGAGGGGUAUCGGAAGCAGCUGGGCCACCACAUCGGGGCCCGCAACAUCGAGGACGACCCCAAGAUGAUGUGGUCGAUGCACGUGGCCAAGAUCCAGAGUGACAGGGAGUACAAGAAGGACUUUGAGAAGACCAAGACCCGCUUCAGCAGCCCCGUGGACAUGCUGGGGGUGGUGCUGGCCAAGAAAUGCCAGAGCUUGGUGAGCGACAUUGACUACCGGCACUACCUGCACCAGUGGAUCUGCCUGCCUGACCAGAAUGACGUGAUCCACGCCAGGCAAGCCUAUGACCUGCAGAGUGAUGCUGUUUACAAAUCAGACCUGGAGUGGCUGCGGGGUGUUGGUUGGGUCCCCAUUGGUUCCCUGGAAGUGGAGAAGGCCAAGAAGGCUGGGGAGAUCCUGAGUGACAAAAUCUACCGCCAGCACCCGGACACCAUCAAGUUCACCAGCAUCCCAGAC